CCUAGGAAAGGAACCAACAUGAAUAUAUCAAAGCGCCGUCAUGCAACGUCCGUUACCUUUCGUUCCACACCUCCAGUCCCGCUUUUGCUGCGCUCCCAACGCCCCCCGCCGCCGUGCCUUCCCGAACCUCCCACCCACGCCCAAGUCAUGGUCAUGGCCUUUCCAAACCGUGGAUGUAUAUAUAACCGCCACGCCCACACUUCCACUCAGGCUCUGCCUCUCCCUCCCUCCACUUCAAUCCCUUCCUCGCCUUCCCCGUCGCGUUUGCCAUGGCCGUGCAGGCGCGACACCUCUCCCACGACUUCCCGCCGGUGGGUGGCUCCCUGUUCCUGGACGAGUACGCCGCCGGGUGCGUGCCACCAACGGCGCCGGCGGGGAUCGCGGACACGAUGGUGCUCAGCGGCUUCUCCGGCAGCGUGCUCACCAGCAACCACGGCUUCGCGCCGAGGAAGCGGGCGCGCGUGGCUGACGCGGGGGGUUUCUUGGACUUGGAGGAUCGGCGCGUGGUUCUGCCCCCGGCGGGGAUGCAGGGGCUGGCGCCGCUGCCGGUGCCAGGGGCGACCGGAGACGACACUCGGAGCAGGGCGGCGGGCUCCGGCGCGGCGUCCACCAGCUGCAGUGCGGUGGCCCAUGGCGGUGGCGCAACCCUCUCGCUCUGCCACCAGGGCGGGGAGAUCGACGCGCUCAUACGGCUCGAGAGCGAGCGGAUGCGGGUGGCGCUGGAAGAGGCGCGGCGGAGGCAUGCCCGGGCGCUGCUGGCCGCCGCGGGGCGGGCGGCGGUGGGGCGCGCGCGCGCGGCGGAGGCCGAGCUGGAGCGCGCGCUCCGGCGCAACGCGGAGCUGGAGGAGAAGGCCCGGCAGAUGGGCGCCGAGUGCCAGGCGUGGAUGGGCGUCGCCAGGAGCCACGAGGCCGUCGCCGCGGGCCUCCGCGCCACGCUCGACCAGGUCCUCCUGCGGCCGCCCACCAGCGGCGCCGCGGGCGACGGUGGCGGGGCCGAGGACGCGCGGUCGUGCUGCUUCGAGGGGCCGCCGGCGCCGGCCGCGGGCGACGGCGCUUCUUCGCCACCGUCGUGCAGGUCCUGCGGCGGCGGCGAGGCGCGCGUGCUGCUGCUCCCGUGCCGGCACCUGUGCCUGUGCCGCACGUGCGAGGCCGGCGCGGACGCGUGCCCCGUCUGCGCGGCGGCCAAGAACGCCUCGCUCCUUGUCCUGGUCUCCUGAAGCCUACGGCGUCCGUUCGCCCGUCCGUGCGCCUGCCAAGACCCAAGAGGCAAGGGGGAUUAUUUGUGUACAGUGUACAAGAGCAUGGUACUGCCGUAUAGGUGCUGGUACAUCCAAUCCUAUACAUGCGCCGCUUGAGUUGAGCGGCCAAGCCACAAUCGUCUGCUUUGCAUGACUCGGCGAGGCUGCAAUGGUCGUGCUGGAAAGGAUCACUGUUAAGCUAAGGCUUUGUUUAGAUGCAUAAAGUUUAGGGUCUGUAGCAUUUUCAUUUGUAUUUGGUAAUUAUUGUCCCGUCAUGAAUUAAUUAGGCUUAAAAGAUUUGUCUUGCAAAUUAUAGUUAAACUGAGUAAUUAGUUAUUUUAUUUAUCUAUAUUUAAUAUUUCA